AUGUCCAAGCGAAAACUGGGGCCUUCAAAAGCGCGCUUUGUGCGGGCCGAGAACUCGUACGAGAAACUAGACGACGCCGGCGACGAAGUGGUGAUGGUAUCGUCGUCGAGCGACAGCGAAAAUGAGGAGCCUCCGGCCAAAAAACAGAAACCGCUCGAACAAGAGAACUCGGCAGAUUCUGCUCCUAGAGACGCCAUGCUCGAGAACCAGGACUUCAUCGGGUUCGAGACGUCGUCAGGAGACGAGAACGAAGAGUUCGACCAUCAGAGAUCUCCCAAAAUCUCCGAUAGCGAGAACGAGUAUCUGAGUAACGACGAAACCGUGUACCAUACAAAGUCGGCCGACUACAAGGCUGGAAACUUCAAUCCCAAAUAUCCAUGGAUCCGCAAUAACGACCACUCGCGACAAAUAGAGAUCAGCGACUGGCUGACGAUGGAGAUCAAGGAUUUCAUCAAGUACAUUUCUCCGUCCGCGGAAGAAAUCAAGGCCCGUAACAACGCCGUGGGAAAACUCCGAGACUGCAUCACGGGGAUGUGGCCCGACGCGGAGGUGCACUGUUUCGGAUCGUUUGCCACUGACCUGUACCUGCCCGGUUCCGAUAUCGAUAUGGUGGUGGUUUCCAAGGCCCGCAACAACAAAUACGACAACCGAUCGUCUCUGUACCAGCUCUCGUCCUACAUAAGAAACCACAAGCUGGGAGUCAAUGUGGAGACCAUUGCCAAGGCCAAGGUGCCCAUCAUCAAGUUUGUGGACCCUGCCACCAAGAUUCACAUUGAUAUUUCCUUCGAGAGGACCAACGGUAUCAAAGCGGCAGAGCUUAUUCUUUCGUGGCUCAAAGACACUCCUGGUCUCCGCGAGCUUGUGCUGAUAGUGAAACAGUUUUUGUCUGUGCGGAAACUGAACAUUGUGCACACUGGGGGUCUCGGAGGAUUCGCGACGAUAUGUCUGGUGCGGUCUUUUUUGAAGCUGCAUCCGAGAGUGGCCACCAAAUCUAUAGAUCCUCUGGAAAAUUUGGGCGUGCUUCUUAUCGAGUUUUUUGAGCUGUACGGCUACAACUUCGGAUACGACAACACGGCGAUCGCGUUUGAUGAGGACGGAGACCCAUACUACGUUCCAAAGGACUCGAAUCCAGCAUUCCAAAAUAGAAACCCGUUCACUCUGGCUAUUCAGGACCCGCACGAUCCGGGCAACAACAUCUCGCGAGGCACCUUCAAUCUGCGGGACAUCAAGCGUUCGUUUGGCGGAGCCUUUGAGCUUCUGGUGAACAAGUGCUACGAGAUGAACCAGGCCACCUACAAAGAAAGAUUGGGACAGUCUGUGCUGGGAGACAUUAUCAAAUACAAAGGAAAACAGAGGGAUUUCGAGGAUGCCCGUGAGCAUGUGCAGAACGAGGCACUUGCGUUUGUGAGCGGAGAGUCCAGUCGCGCGACUUCGCUGCCGCCGCUCCCGAGCGAGCAGUACACGAUAAUAUCUGACUCCGAGUCCGAGUCUGAGUACGAGAAGCAUCUGGAGCAGCUGUAUGAGAAGUCCCAGAGUAAGCAGCCGGAGAACAAGAAAAACAUUGACGAAUUGAUGGGGCUGAACGGUCGGGAAAGCGAAGUUUCCUCGAACAGCGCUGCGAGCGACAGCGAGCAAGAAAAGCCGAGCACGUCGAAGCUGGACAAGGCAAGUAGACGAGAGUACUGGCUGAACAAAUCUGGCAGUUUCUAA